CCUAGAUAAUCAAUUAGUAUUCUAACAAAUAUCUAUCUAUAACCCUUUCCCACGGUAAGAAAAUCUUUAAGUUGGAAAGAAUAAAGAUGGUACUAAAAACAAUAGAAAUUUUGAAGAAUGAAAUUGCCAUAGAGGAGGAAUCAGUGAUUAUCACUGAAGAUGUUAAGGCCGGUCUUGUUCUUGUGGACAUCAUCAAUGGCUUUUGCACCGUUGGGGCUGGAAAUCUGGCACCAAGAGAGCCAAACAGGCAGAUCUCUGAAAUGAUUGAUGAAUCAACAAGGCUGGCUAGAUUGUUCUGUGACAAGAAAUGGCCUAUUCUUGCCUUUCUUGAUUCACACCACCCUGACAAACUUGAACACCCUUAUCCUCCUCACUGUAUCACUGGCACUGAUGAAUCCAAUUUGGUUCCUGCACUAAGAUGGUUGGAGAAGGAACAAAACGUAACAAUCAGGCGUAAAGACUGCUAUGAUGGCUAUAUUGGUUCGUUUCAGGAGGAUGGCUCUAAUGUAUUUGUUGAUUGGGUGAAAAACAACAAAAUUCAAACUUUGUUGGUUGUAGGGGCAUGUACAGACAUUUGUGUGCUGGAUUUCGUUUGCUCUACAUUAUCAGCUAGGAACCGCGGCUUCCUCGACCCUUUGGAGGAAGUAGUAGUUUACUCUCAGGGAUGUGCCACUUUUGAUUUUCCUGCCUCCAUGGCAAGAAACACCAAAGAUAUUUCACCACAUCCNAUAUACACAUGA